AGAGAGAGAGAGAGAGAGAGAGAAGCGUUAGAGUGUUUCUGAAAUGCCAUAAUUUAACAUCUACCGGCAAGUGAAUGAUAGGAAUGAGCUAUAACGAUAAAACGGAAGCACAACAUGGAGACGAACUUUGAUUUACAGUGAUGAUUUGGCGACACUGAAUGAACGCUUCGAGAAAGCAAGGACGCGAAAAACCCGCUUGCAUGGAUCUCAGAUACAUCCAUCAUCCCACGCGCGAUGCUCCCCGGGCGAAAUUCAACAUUAUUCGCGUAAUGAAACUGUCCGCUUGGAGGUUUUAAUGGAGGUGGAAGGUGAAUCUCCUGACUGCGAGUUUGAGUUUUAGUCGCCGUUAGUUUCGGAUGUAUACCAACAUUUUUCCCCAUCGGAGAGUUCUCAUGGCUCCUGUUGGAGACGCCAGCGCUUCUCGGCGAGCUUUGAGGGACAUGUGCGGUCUCCAGCAGCAAUAAUACCACCGGGCAGGAAACCAAAGUGGAUUUCUGCAACACGCGGUUGAUAAAAGCAAUAAACCCGUACUGAACGUAAGUGACCCGUUAUGAGAAACUUCAGGAGGAAAGCAUCACCGGCGAGCGUCUCUCACUCCGUGCGGAUGUUACAACGCCUCGUAAGGUUUUAAAGUGCGUGCGAAACGACGCCGUCUGAUCCACAUUAACUUUUUGGAUUUAUUAUCGACAUAACUGCAGAGAUGAGAAGAAGACAGGACGACAUCACGCCAUCACCUGUUAUAUGAACACUGUGAUUAGUUUUCACAAAAGCACAGAAUCUUUAUUGCCUUUGGACCUGGUUUCAAUACAUUCCAGUGUUAAACAUGGAGAUCAGUCAGUCACGGACAGCAGACGGUUUUAUUUUUUAACCCGCAAGAAUAGCCAUAUCGUUUUUAAUUGCUCUUAAUACGUCGCUUUCGAUAGAUCUCUAAAUUUUGCACUAUGAUGGAACCGCCACCUUGCUCGAAAAAGAGUCUGUCUCUUUCGUUGCCGGUUCCCCGGGAGGGACAGGCGACCCUUAAGCCUCCGCAGCAUCUUUGGAGACAGCCAAGGACCCCCAUCAAAAUCAAACAUCGCGGUUACUCUGACACCGACCGGCAUCACCACCGACAGAUAGAGCGCUCAAAUGCCAUGGACACGAGUGACCGGCCGGGGCUUAAAAAGUCCCGCAUGUCCUGGCCAUCGUCGCUCCAAGGAACCCCUAGCGCACCCAUGGGCAACUGUGCUGGGAAUAAGCGCUAUGAUGGGGAGAAUGGGCCCUCUCCUGGCCGCAGCCCUAUGGAUUCGCAGGCGAGUCCGGGGCUGGUGGUCCAUCCCUCAUUUCCUCAGAGCCAGAGGAGGGAAUCUUUCCUGUACCGUUCCGACUCUGACUACGACAUGUCCCCCAAGACCAUGUCCCGAAAUUCCUCAGUCAACAGCGAGGGUCAUGCUGAAGAUCUCAUAGUCACCCCCUUUGCUCAGGUGUUGGCUAGUCUACGAACUGUCAGAAGCAACUUCACCAUUCUCGCCAAUGUCACGACUCCCACAACAAACAAGAGGUCACCAGUGACAAGCCAACCCACCGUUCCCCCAGCAACCCUCUCAGAGGAGACAUACCAGCAGCUGGCCCGGGAGACUCUGGAGGAACUCGACUGGUGUUUGGACCAGCUGGAGACCAUUCAGACCCACCGCUCUGUUAGCGAGAUGGCCUCCAACAAGUUCAAGAGGAUGUUAAACAGGGAACUGUCUCAUCUAUCUGAGAUGAGUCGCUCUGGGAAUCAGGUGUCUGAAUACAUCUCCACUACUUUCCUAGACAAGCAGAACGAGGUGGAGAUUCCAUCCCCUACACUGCGGGAGCGAGAGAAACCGAUGUCUCACAUCAGUGGUGUCAAGAAGCUCACACACAGCUCCAGCCUAACCAGUGCAGCUCUGCCACGCUUUGGGGUCAAGACCGAGGAGGAAGAUGCGCUGGCCAGGGAGCUGAAUGACUUAAACAAGUGGGGCCUUAAUAUCUUCCGUGUGGCAGAGUUCUCCAAUAACAGACCUCUGAGUUGCAUCAUGUUUGCCAUCUUCCAGGAACGGGAUCUGUUGAAGACCUUUAGUAUCCCUGUGGACACCUUUAUCACCUAUGUGAUGACACUGGAAGAUCACUACCAUGCCAACGUGGCCUAUCACAACAGCCUGCAUGCCGCCGACGUCACACAGUCCACACAUGUGCUGCUCUCCACAUCAGCACUGGACGCUGUUUUUACUGAUCUGGAAAUCUUGGCUGCAUUGUUUGCUGCUGCCAUCCAUGAUGUGGAUCAUCCUGGAGUUUCCAACCAGUUCCUCAUCAACACCAACUCAGAACUGGCAUUGAUGUACAACGAUGAGUCCGUGCUGGAGAACCAUCACCUGGCUGUAGGCUUCAAGCUUCUGCAUGAGGAGAACUGUGACAUCUUUCAGAACCUCACCAAACGACAGCGGCAGAGUCUGCGCAAACUGGUCAUCGACAUGGUUUUGGCAACUGACAUGUCAAAGCACAUGAGUUUGCUGGCAGAUCUAAAGACAAUGGUGGAGACCAAGAAGGUGACCAGCUCUGGAGUUUUGAUGUUGGACCAUUAUAAUGACAGGAUACAGGUCCUGAGGAACAUGGUGCAUUGUGCUGACCUUAGUAACCCAACCAAGCCCCUGGCAGUGUACAGACAGUGGACCGAGCGCAUUAUGGAGGAGUUCUUCCGGCAGGGUGAUAAAGAACGAGAGCGUGGGAUGGAAAUAAGCCCCAUGUGUGACAAACACACUGCAUCUGUGGAGAAGAGUCAGGUGGGCUUUAUCGAUUAUAUUGUGCAUCCGCUGUGGGAGACCUGGGGGGACCUGGUCCACCCUGACGCUCAGGAAAUUUUGGACACCCUCGAGGACAACCGGGACUGGUACCAAAGCACCAUCCCCCAGAGCCCAUCGCCGCCUCCCGAUGGCCCAGACAACGAGCUGGAAUCCUGCACAAACAAAUUCCAGUUUGAGCUCACCCUGGAGGGAGAGACGGGACAGGAGGAUGGGCCUGCCAGUCAGAACCACAUCGACAAGGAGGAAAAGACGGACGGGGAUGACGUUGAGGAGGUGGAAGAAAACAUGGAGGAGGGGGAGGAGGUGACAGAGAGGUCAGGACGGAGGCGACUGCAGGUUCAGUCAGUAGUUGAGGAGGAGGACGAGAGACAGUCUGACGAGAGUCCGGUGGAGGAGACGGAGGAGGAAGAGAAACUGUCCUCUCCUACCGAUGACACGUAAGACUCAAGUAACAUCUGUCUGGCCCACAGGGCUAAGAACGGGGCCAUACUUCAAAAACUCUCUCUACCAUUCACAUAGGACUCUUCUGUUUCUGAUAUCUAAACCAUGAACAGAAGUCUUGUGUACCAAUCCAAUAAGACAUUGGAUUUUAUUUUUCAAAAAGGGAACAAAACAAUAUUAGAGAAGUAUUUAACACAGCAACUGUAGAUUUUGAGUGGAUGCUGGAGUCUAUCCAGAAGAGAGGGCGAGGCUUUAAGGGGAAACCGAUAUAUGGCGGGGUUUGUAAUGGGCCAUUGAGUCAGCGUAGCACUCUGGAAUUUCCACACUUACACAAACACACACACACACACACAUCAAUCAAUAAGUACACACUUUAUUAGUCACAUCUAGAUUUUAACCUUAAAUAAGUACACCGCACCGUCCAUGCAAACACACGGCUGUGUGUCUGUGUAUGUGUUCAGGGGGCUUGGAUCUGAAAGAAAUGUUUUUGGAAAAAGCCAUCUCAACAUGGAUUGUCAAUAAUCGGUUUUAAAGCAUUCUUAACAGGGACUAAAAUCCUCAAAAAUCAAAUGAUUGGUGAAAUCUGAGAGACUUUUCGUUCAUAAAAAGAACACACCUGCAGAGAAAAGAGAUGCUGUCCAGGACGCUGGAGGAACGAGGGCAUCUGCUGAAAGCAGGAGACAUGGAUGGCAUGAUUUGUUUGUGGGUCCCACCCCCUCUUUCCCUUUACCCUGGAGUGCUACCAGUGCAAGAUGGCCAUGUGCCUUUCUGAACCAGCAGCUUCAACUCUGGAGCUGUUGUGAAGCAAUGCAUCGUGGGACAGGAGUGUCUGCUUUUGUCUUCAUUUUUGAUUGUCUCUUUUUAAGCAAUCUCCAUCGUUUAUGCUUGGCGUCGUCGUCGUGAUAAUUCCUUCUCAUCCGUCAGUCUUCCUCGGCCGCUUUCACGCUGACCGAGCAUUUGGGGCCUAGAUUAGGAUUCAUCACCGUCACAGCUCGUAGACUGCCCUCACUUUCCAUGUGAAUAAUUAAUGAUAGUCACUUUUUGAGGAUAAGCCAUGUGACGCUUGGAAACAUAUGUUCUGCCUUAUUUCGGUUUCGUUAAAUCCAUUCCUACCAGAUUUUCAACAGAGCCUCCUCAAUUGCAGCACGCACAGACUCUCUCACCUUCACCCACUCGCGCCGGUAAUACAUCCUCGGUGUACUCCACAUAAACACUACGUUAUGUUUUGCCAAAGGAAUGAGCUGAUAAGUUGGAGAGGCAAUAAGUGGUGGAACAGAGAAAGGAAUAGAACCGUGUCUGUGACAGGAAGAUAUUAGAAGUGCAGGGAGUCACUCGCAGCCAUAUUGAGUUCAAUGCUUUUUUGCCUUAAUGUCAACUGCAGGGUUUAAUGUUGACAUUAUAUCUCAUUAUAGUGUUCGUUUCAUGUCUAUAUGCCUUGCUUAAUGUUCAUUCUUUCACAAUAGCACCAUCUGCAUGUGGUCGGAGGUAUGGAUUUGUCUUGUAACAUGAGAAAGAAAAAGCAAGUCAUACUGUUAAAUGAAACUGUUGCUCAAAUGUAUUUAAUGUCCAGCAUCUUUUAUUGUUGUCUUUUUCACAAGUGUCAGCGUUUCAAUGGGAGAGAGAGGAGUCCGUUGAGAAAUGAGGAAAGUGAGAGCGAGUUCUCAGGUUAGGAUUGCAAUAUCGCCUCUUCUCUCACCUCUCAGAAAUUUGGUUUGAUUUCAUUUCAGUGGAAUGAACUGUUGGUUGCUGUAUUUCGGGCAGCAGUGGCGAGCAUCUCUGUUGAAACAUGACAAGCUAGUUUCUGCUGGUCAGUAGCUUAGCUUUACACAAGCCUGUGCCUGUGAGAGCAGAAACUUGUGGUCAUACCGGUGUGUAUGUGAAAACCAUACUUGUCUGUAUGUCAUAAUAUAUGACGUAUGAGUUUGAACCGCAGAAGGGAUGACCGGGGUCACGUGAUCGAUCGGUGUGAAUUGAUGACAUUCCCAUGUACGCCUGUCUUACCUUAAAAAUGCUUCGUUGUGAGACUUUUCGUUAACUUUGUGAGCGCUAAGCUAACAAAUAAUAUUUGCCAUUUUAACACGACACUGUAGCAAUUGUUUCUUAUUAAGAAAUUAUUACGAUUAAUUCCUUGCUGCCAUUCUUUUUUGGAUAUCAAAAGGAAAAACAAAUGUUUCUUUGAACUGUUUGUGUACAGUUUUUAUUUUUGUAUCAUUCUGGUUUGAUGGUUCAAACUACUAUCUAAUAUAAAUAGUAGACUAAUCACUGCUUGUUUUGUAUAUAAUGUAAUGUUGAAUUGUAAAUUUGAAAUCUCUCAGAAUCAAACAAUGUCACUUUUAGUUGUAAUGAAUUGUAGAUGAAUUGUGGAAUUUCAUACUCACGCCUUUCUUUCUCCUGUCAUUCUUUUGGAGGUAUUUUAGUAACCAUCCCACCACCUUUAAAUGUGUAUAUUUGAACUGUACUGGAAAAACAGACUAAUCAUUCAUCAUCAUUUCUGAAACUUGUCUUUACCAGCACUUUAUUUUUCUGUAGGUUGUGAGAUGGCUGAUAUCAGGGCGCAUAUGGUAUAGAUGGUAUGGUAUAUACUGACUUCUGUAUUGGAGGGAACUGUAUAGUGUGGCACAGGGUGGAAACUUUAAAUGGCUCCUUCCGAACGACUUUAUUUCGGUCCUAAAUGCCAUUUUCUGCUAAGCAACAUCAACUACUCUGUGUUAAUAAUCUGCACUGGAAUGGCUUUUAAUAGGAUUUUUUAAUACUUCUGUGAGGUUAAUGACCAAUUGACAGACAGAAAGAUGACGUGGCUUAAUCCGAGAACCGUUUUUCUUCAUAUUUUAAUGUCAUGCCUCAUGAGACUCCAAUGAAGUUAUUCUCUGGGCUUUAAAUAAUAUGGGCUUUAAAUAAUAUGUUACUUGUUCACAAGUUAUGGUAAUAAUAUAAGUCGAAAAGAAAACACAGGAAAAUGAUUGUAAUAUUUGUACAUUAUAUUGCUGUAAUGUGUAUAAUGUGUCCAAGUUAUUUUAUAUUAUAUUAUUUUUAUGAAAGGUUUUCCUCUGAGAGAACUGAGUUGUCAUUUUGUGAAUAAAAUGCAUUUAAUAAGCAAACAGCUAUAUAUAAAAAACAAAUAUAUAUAUAGAUAUAUAUAUACCAGUAUAUUUUUUUCUUUCACUGUUCAGUACUGUAAAGUGUGUUGAAAAUACAAAUAAAGGAUGAUUUUUCUAAUACA